AUGAUUUUGAACUCUCUAAGUGAGGAUAAACUCCAAGCUUCUAUUAGGUGUUUAGCACGAGGGGGAAAGUUUAUGGAAAUUGGCAAAUACGAUUUGGCGAAUGACAGCUUUUUAAAUAUUUUGCUAAUGGAAAAAGAAGCCAGUUAUCAUGGGAUAUUGUUAGAUGUCGUUUUUAGAAACUCGAAGGAAAUGCAGUCUAACGUGAUAAAACGUUUAAUAGAGGGAAUCGGAGCAGGUUUUGUAAAACCACUUCCCAGAAUAGUGUUUAGUGCAGAAGAAGUUGAAAAAUCAAACAGAUACAUGAUGACAGGUAAACAUAUUGGUAGAAUACUGAUCAAGCUACGGAAUGAAGAAGAGGACAGUGUCAGUAAAUUCCAGAUAAUGUCAAAUCCACGUUUCCACUGUGACGUGCGUUACACCUACGUUGUAAUUGGAGGAUUAGGUGGAGUUGGUUUAGAACUGAGCGACUGGUUGGUUCUCAGAGGUGCAACGAAACUAGUAUUAACUUCGAGAUCGGGUAUUCAAAAUGGUUACCAUCAGCAAAGAAUAAAUAUUUGGACAACAUAUGGUGUGGAAGUUAGAAUUUCUACGAAAGACGUAACCACUGAGCGAGGAUGUGAAGAUUUAAUUAAAGAAGCGAAUGAGCUGGGACCCGUAGAUGCGAUUUUUAACUUAGCUGUUGUCCUUAAAGAUGCACUACUUGAAAAUCAAACUCAAGAAAAUUUCGAAGCUUCGUUAGCACCAAAAGCUCGCGCAACACUAUAUUUGGAUCGAGUCACUAGGAAAUUGUGUCCAAAACUAAGGUAUUUUGUUAUAUUUUCGUCCGUAUCCUGUGGUCGAGGGAAUCCGAGUCAGAGCAACUAUGGUAUGGCAAAUUCUGUUAUGGAAAGGAUAUGUGAGAAUCGAAAACGAGACGGAUUACCAGCUGUAGAUAUCCAGUGGGGCGCAAUUGGCGAAGUUGGUUUGGUGGCCAAAAUGCAAAAGGAGAACAAAGAGUUAGUGAUUGGUGGUACUCUUCAACAAAAAAUUUCAAGCUGUCUUGAGGUGUUAGAUAUUUUAAUAAAACAUAACUAUCCAGUUGUUUCUAGUAUGGUAGUUGCCGAAAAAUACCAGAAAAGUGGCAUUCUUAGUGCAGUAGAAGCAGUCGCCCACGUUCUCGGAAUAAAAGACAUGAAAACUAUAAGUCAGUAUACGACGUUUGCAGAACUCGGUAUGGAUUCGAUGAUGGGUACAGAGAUUAUUCAAAUUUUGGAGAAAGAUUUUGAAAUCUAUGUAACAUCUAAAGAUGUGAGAAACUUAACAUUUGCAAAACUGACUGAAAUAGAGGCCGAGAAAAUAAAUACAUCUGAAGAAGUUGUAAACAAAAAAAUAAAGGAAGGCACAAAUUUGCUCAUUCAAUAUAUUCCCAAGUGUGAAACUAUUCACUUGCCUGCUGUUAAAUUAAAUACUCAAAUUGAUUCAAACGCAGAAGUUCCAACCGUGUUACUUUUGCCAGGACUAGAAGGCAUUUUCAAACCACUAGAAUGUUUGACAAAUUCAUUAAAAGCACACGUAAUAGGAAUACAGUACAAUUAUGAAAAUCCAGAAGAUAAUAUUGAAGAAAUUGCACGUAAUACACUGCCGCACGUUUUAAAUCAUUUAUCCAGAAAAAUCCCAUUCUACAUUAUUGGAUAUUCAUUCGGGACUCUAGUUGGUCUAGAAAUGCUUAGUUUGUUAGAAGAGAAGGGCUACAAUGGUAUCAUGAUUUUAAUCGACGGUUCACCAGCAUAUAUAACUUCUUCUUUAAAAAAACAAAUGGCGCACGAAACCAGGCGCGGAUACAGGAUUUCGUUCAGGGGGGGAGUUUUUGUUCGAAUUAAAGAGGCAUCGACUUCAAAUAGCCUUUGUUCGGAUUACUGCAUGUUGAGACAAUCGACCUCGGUCGUGUGUCAGGGGGGGGCAAUUGCACCCAUUGCCCCCCCCCUGGAUCCGCGCCUGCACGAAACAGAUGCCCAGUUCCAAACUGCUAUUUUGAGCAAAAUAUCUGCUUUUGUGAUUCCGUUGGAUGUAUUUUCGCAACAUGAGGAAACCUUGCUGAAGUCUAAAAAUUUUGAAGAACGAAUCGAUUUAGUUCUUGCCAUGAUACCUUCCGAAACAAGUAACAAACAGAAGUUAGAAAAGCAGGCAGGGGUUGCGAUGUACAACCGUUGUAAAGCCGUACUUAACUAUUCAUUUAAAAAUAAGAAAAUUAAAUCGGCGAUUCAUCUGUUCAAGGCAAAAUAUUCGAUGGUCGACGAAGAAGAUGAUUACCAAUUAUCAAAUGUAGGCGAUAUCGUAGAACAAGUAACUACAAUAGAUGGUGACCACGUAACAAUUUUAAAUAGUCCAGAUCUUGUAAAAGCUGUUAGCGAAAUUUUGUGUAGAUGUGGAAUCGCUUUCAUUGUGACGCUCGAAGUCACUCCCGAAACUUACGACUUUGCCUUCACAGCUCUACAAAAUCAAUAUGAACUCAAUAUCGUUACUCAUGGACUAACUUCAGCCGUAUAUCCCGCACAGAGAGUUCUUCAUCAAUUAGUUACUGAUGAAGGAGCACAAUAUCCUCUCGCCUCAAAUGCAUUGAUUUCGCAGAGUUAUGUGGACGAUAUUGUGACUGGAGCUGCUUCAGUGAAAGAAGCGGAAAAGCUUAAAACAGAACUGAUUAAUCUUUUGGUUAAAAGUGGAUUCGCACUAAGAAAGUGGUGCAGCAACCUUCCUGAAUCACUGAAUUCUCUGCCUGCACAGUAUCUUGAAAACCCCAUCAUAUUUUCGACAGAAGAGUGUGCAUUUAAAAUUCUGGGGCUCAUCUCAAAUUACACCAUACUUCUCAAAGCAAAGAGCAAGGUUACACCCCUCACACGGCUAAGCAUUCCUAGUCUUGAACCCUCAGGAGCACUGCUGUUAGCGAAGUUAUUUGUCUCUGUUCGAAAAUCCCUUUCUACUUUAAAGAUAGAAGAAACUCUACUAUACACUGAUGCUCAAAUCGUCUUAGCGUGGCUAUAA